AUGCCUAUUCCCCUUGAAGCCGACGCGCCGCUCGGCGCGUCGCUGCGUGCCGCAAUCGAAGCGCUACCGCCGCCGAGCAAAAGCACACUUGACGGCGAGACGCUCUUGCGGUUGCGGACAUGCUCUGCAUUCGGGAGCGCACUGGCGCGAGUCCAAAGCACCCAACAUACCGAGGCAGAUCUCGACCGGAUUGUGUAUGCGGCCUAUGCAUACAUGGUCGACCAGCUCAUCCUCACUACCUCGAUUGUGAAUGACGCACAGUGGUACUGGCUGCAUAUCGAGCAGGAGCCACUGAGCGCCGGCCUCUACUGGCUCCAGACCAUUCCCCACAGGGUCGCCGGCGCGCUGUACAGUGUAACACAACGCGGCUUGCGUGUGCACGGCGCGAGUGUACUGCAUCCAUUGCAGACGAUGCACCUGCAUGCGCGCACACGCAUCCGCCGCUUGCAGCAAGCACAUGUUGACGUCGCGAGCCUGCUUGGAGCCUUGGGCCUCGCGUGGCGCGCUGAAAAAGGGACGGCGUAUUUGUGCACGAGCGCGUGCACUGCGCUUGGCGCACCUGCGCCGCGUGGCAAUGGAUGUGCGGCCGUUGCGAGGCUCCUCGACGCCAUGGCGCAGCACGAGAUGCGUCUUGCGCGCCUUGUAUCCUCUUCGGAAUGCGGCGUGCCUUCGACGCUUACGCGGAUAUGGCCCAUGCUCCUGCUUUACCCCUUGGUCUCGGCAGGCAUUACACGGUACGUGACGCACCAUUGGGACUCGCUCUGGGCGCAAGUCGGUGCGCUCGGCGAGACUGUACGUGGUCUUGUGGUCGGCUGGGUAUGGGAGCCUGCGAUGCAAAUCCUCGAUACCCUGCGCGCUGGCCAAGCCGAACGGCGCAUGAUUAUUUCGCGCGAUAGCCUGCAAGCCGACCAGCGCAGCCUGGAGCGCAUGGUGGCAGGCCUCGCCCAAGACAAACUGCGUCUCGACACGCCCGGCAUACAAGCCGUAGUACGGCGUGUCCAGGACGGCGAUCUAACCGAGGUCAUGGAGCUGUACGAGAAAUCAAUCCGCGCGCCGUUUCGCGCGCUUAUGCAGGGAAACUUGGUGCGCACGCUCCUGAUCCAGGUCCAAAAAGCCAAGGUCGAUCUCGAGAUUGCGCUCAGUGGAAUCGACUGGCUCCUCCGAUCACAGGAGCUGCUGAUUGGGUUUCUCGGGCUUGCGCCGGCGAUUGGGCUCGUGUACAUGCUGGGGCGCCAGGUUUUUGCCACCGUGCACACCCUGCUGUGGGGCGGCGAGACGUACCGCGCGAAACGCACCUUGCGUCUGGCGCGCAUCCAGGCUUGGGAGGCGCUGCGCAGGCUCGACAAAAUUGUGUCGGAACGUGCCAGUGCGGUUGCGGCACAGCCAGCGCUGCAGUACGGCUACCUCCUUCUCGACGUCGCGACACUGCGCUCUGCAUCUACAGAGGCGAUUUUCGGUACGUGCGGCGCGGAACGCGCGCUCGCGACGCAGCUGCAGCUGCAGAUGAACAGCGAUUUGAUCGAGCUCGAGGUGUGUGGGCAGUCGGCCUUUGCGGGCCAGGAUGCGCACGCCUGGCGGCAGCGCCAGAGUGUGAUCGAGUGCAUGUGGCGCAGCUGGACGCCGGUGCUGGGCUUGGGAAAGAUGCUGCGGUAA